AUGACUAAAGGACAACCCAAUUUUCUCGUCAUCAUUGUUGAUGAUAUGGGAUUCAGCGAUCUGACUAGCUUUGGUGGAGAGAUCGAUACGCCAAACCUAGACAAGCUUGCCAACGAUGGCAUUCGUCUGACUGGGUAUCACACUGCUUCAACUUGUUCACCGACGAGAAGUAUGAUAUUCUCGGGUACAGACAACCACAUUGCCGGACUAGGACAAAUGCGAGAAUUCCUUGAGCGUAAUGGCGCUCCCUUUGCUGGCAAAGCAGGAUAUGAAGGUUAUUUGAACUUCCAAGUGGCUGCACUGCCAGAAAUCUUGCAAGACCAUGGAUACUUCACCGCAUUGUCAGGAAAAUGGCAUCUGGGAUUGACCAAGGAUACAAGUCCUUUUGCCCGGGGAUUUGAAAAAGUCUUCACACUACUACCUGGUGCCGGCAACCACUACGCCUAUGAGCCCCAAUUCGAGCAGAAAGCAAGGCCAGAAGGUGCAGUCCCUCAUCAGAUCUACAUGGAAGACGACAAGUUUAUAGACUUGGCGGACUUGCCAGAAAACUUUUAUUCCACUACCACCUUCACCGACAAGAUGCUGGAAUUUUGGAAACAACAAAAAGAAUCAGGCGAUUCUCGCCCCUUCUUGUCAUUCAUGACAUACACAGCACCACACUGGCCGAUUCAAGCCCCCGCUGAAGUAAUUGCCAAAUACAAGGGUCGGUAUGAUGCCGGUCCAGAUGUAAUUCGUGCUGAACGGCUUGAGAGACUCAAGAAAUUGGGAUUGGUGCCAAAGGAUGUUGUCGCUCAUCCGAUUGUUAACUUGCUUGGUACGAAGCCGUGGGAUGAGUUGACUGAUGAGCAACGCAAGAUAUCGGCUAGGAUUAUGGAGACGUAUGCUGCUAUGGUGGAUAUUGUCGAUCAAAAUGUUGGUCGUCUUGUUGACUACCUUCGAGAGACGGGCGAACUCGACAAUACCUUCAUCUUGUUCCAGUCUGACAAUGGUGCCGAGGGUGUGACUAUGGAAGCAUUUGCUACAAUGGGUUUGGAUGUUGGCAAAGUCAUUCGAAGCUACUACGACCAGUCUUACGACAACAUUGGUCAAAAGAAUUCGUAUCACGCUUAUGGACCUAGGUGGGCGCAGGCAGCUACAGCACCCUCUAGAAUGUUUAAAGCUUGGGUCACUGAAGGUGGUAUACGAGUACCCUGUAUCAUACAUUACCCGACUCUCUUCAAGCAGCCAACCAUUAGUCACGAGUUUUCUACGUGUAUGGAUUUACUUCCAACCAUACUGGAUCUGGCAGGUGUACCUCAUCCUGGAAAAGUCUUCCGUGGUCGUCAAGUCUACGAACCACGAGGAAAGUCCCUCGUACCUUAUCUCACUGGAAAUGCUCCGAGAGUUCACGACAAGGAAUCUACGCAUGGUUGGGAGCUCUUUGGAAUGCAGGCGAUUAGAAAGGGAGACUGGAAGGCAAUUCUGAUUCCACAACGUGACGCUGAUCCAACAUGGGAACUGUACAAUCUUGAGUCAGAUCCAGCCGAGUUGAAUGAUCUAGCUCUGAAAGAGCCUGCUACACUCAAGUCUCUGGUUGCAUACUGGACUGCGUAUGCUGAUGAAACCGGCACCGUAUCGGCAGGAACUAUCCGCUUACAUGAUGCCUGGACUGAAGGACAUCCUGUCUCAAAUGAUGAGAAACGGCCCAGACCUCCAUUGAUUGUCACAAACGAGCCUUUGGGGUUUUGGUUGAAGGGAGCACACCAAGUCACCAUCUUGAAAACUCCCUUCAGGUUGGAGCCACAUUUCGCUUCUGACCUUAUGGAUAUUGCCACAUGCUAUCAUGUGCUUGGUGAUGCAGUUGGAGCUAAAGCUUGGAUUAUUUCGCAUGUCUCGAAAUCCCUAAAUUACACUGCAUACGAUGUAAAAUGGGUGCCAAUGUCAGCCAGAUUUGUCGUUCUCGGCCAGCAUUCGCGUGGAACGGGCUGUCUCCAAGUCAUGGAAAUUGAUCAGGGCCAGAUUAAACUCACUCAUGAAGCAGAGAAACCAACUGCCUUAAAAUGCGCUACAUUUGGUGCUUCUUCGUUAAAUCAACGGCAUAUUGCUAUUGGAGAUUACGGUGGACGAAUGUGUUGUUAUGAUCUUGAACAUACUGAUCUGCCGGUUUAUGCUGUCAAGGCACAUGAUGAGCUGGUUAAUUGUAUUGAUGGGUGUGGUGGUGGAUCUAGUGUUAAUAGUGGGCCGCCAGAGAUUGUUACUGCUAGUCGUGAUGGUGCUGUAAAAAUAUGGGAUGUGAGACAGAAGGAUAAACCAGUAGCUACUAUGGCUCCAGCUAAAGGGGAUGCCACUCGAGAUGUUUGGACUGUUGCAUUCGGCAACUCUUAUAACGAUGACGAACGUGUAGUAGCUGCAGGUUAUGAAAACGGUGAUGUCAAACUAUUUGACCUGAGAACAAUGACAACGCUAUGGGAAACCAAUGUCAAGAAUGGAGUUGUCAGUAUAGAAUUCGAUCGAAAAGAUGUCAAGAUGAACAAGAUGGUGGUGUCGGGUCUUGAAGCUGCCUUCCAUGUGUAUGAUUUGAGGACUCAGCAUCCUACGGAAGGAUUUGCUAGUGUUUCUGAAAAGUUGUCGGACGAUUCAACAAUAUGGACUGUAAAACACCUACCACAAGAUCGAGACGUGUUUGUAACAUCAGGUGGUGGUGGCAGCCUUCAUUUAUGGAAGUAUGGAUAUCCAAAUCAACGAUCCAAAAAAGAUAAAGAGGACAAGUAUAAUGUGGGUGUUGCCGGCACAAUUGAAGCACUGAAUCAUUCCAAAGUCGCUGAACAACCUGUAAAUGCAUUUGAUUGGAGUCCUGAUAAGAAGGGGCUGUGUGUAUUUACUGCAUUUGAUCAGAUGGUGCGAGUCGGUGUGGUUACGAAACUGUGA